AAAAAAACAGAAGUUGUUGCAUCAAUACGGAGCCAGCCGACGUAAGACGCCCAGCUGCUGUGAACAGCAAGCAGAAAGUGAAGCAUGCUAAAUGAGUGAAGUCCGCCAGGGAUCCUCCCCCUCAAAUCCCCACUCAUCGUCCACACCAAGCAAGACCGAACAGGCUGAGCAGAGGCAGUAAACGUGCAGUGAGAGCUUCAGGCACCAUGGCUCUUCCUGUAGGCAGCCUUCUGCUGUUGCUUGGACUCUUCUCUCACAGCUACGCCGCUGAAACAAUAGACCCACUCUUCAGGGUUAAAAGGUCUCAGGAAACUUAUGCGUCAGAACCUGGAGCGUGUUCAUCAACGACAAAGCAACAGGAUGUCACUGACUCUUCCAACUUCUCUGUGGAUAUACGGAUGCCCGGUGUUGUCCCAGCAGCGUCUGACACAUACCUAUGCAUGUCGUACCCUGUGCCAACCACCCGAGAUUCAUACAUUGUGGACUUCAAACCUCAGGCCAGCAUGAAAACCGUCCAUCACAUGCUGCUGUUUGGCUGCAAGAGUCCUUAUUCUAAAAGUGGCUACUGGGACUGCGGCACCGCACACGGCACUUGUAGGGAUGAGGCCUCAAUUAUGUACGCGUGGGCUCGAAAUGCCCCGCCAACCAAAUUACCUAAAGAUGUUGGUUUUAAAGUGGGGCGCAAUUCAGGAAUGACCUACUUUGUGCUGCAAAUGCAUUAUGGAGACGUCAGCUCUUUUAGAGACCACCACAGAGAUUGUUCCGGAUUGACUUUAACCAUGACGACUAAACCGCAGCCUUUCAUCGCUGGAAUAUACCUGCUAAUGACCAUGGACACAGUUAUUCUUCCAGGAAAAAGAGUGACAAACGCAGACGUAGCUUGUGACUACUCCUCGGACCCCAUCUAUCCCUUCGCCUUCCGGACCCAUACACACCGCCUAGGCAAAGUUGUCAGUGGCUACAGGAUCCGUGAUGGAAAAUGGACUCUGAUUGGUCGCCAGUCUCCUCAGCUGCCACAGGCUUUCUAUCCUGCGAACAAAGACGCCACUAUCAAGAAUGGUGACACAGUUGCAGCCAGAUGUGUGUUCACCGGAGAGGGCAGGACCACCAUAACCAAAAUUGGUGGAACCUCAGAGGAUGAGAUGUGCAACUUCUACAUCAUGUACUAUAUGGACAACAAACAUGCCAUCCCCUACAUGGACUGCAUGGAGGACGGUUCCCCAAAACUGUUCCAGCGUAUUCCAGCUGAAGCCAACACCCCCAUAGCAGUUAACCCAGGGGAGAUGAACUCCAUGAUGCACAUGGGACACAACGCUGAUAAACCAGCCGUGGAUACGAGCGGGACAGAGCAGGACCUGAGUCAAGGAGACCUCUAUUCUCUCAUGUCCCAGCUGCUCGGCCGGAGCAAAGACCUGUCUCGUUCUUAUCACUACAUCCCCAAUGAGAUGCAGAGAAUCCAGGAUGAGUUGGAGGCUCAGAUUCAUAGUUUGACUCAAGGCAAGAGCCGGAGUCCCCAAAGUUUAAAAGAGACCUUUCACUCCCGGAAGGAUCCCGUGUUGGCCCGAGAUCGAAUCCACAAAUUCCAUCAACUUGAAAAUCCAGCAAGAGGCAAAAAACAAGACAAUCAUCUUGAGCAGGACACUUCAUGGCCACAGAGUUCUUUGCAGCUGGGUCAGGUGUCAGGACUCGCUCUGGACUCUGAUUCAAAUCUGGUCAUUUUCCACAGAGGAGAGCAUGAAUGGGGUCCAAACUCCUUCAACAAUGACGCACGAUACAUGCAGAAAUCCCUUGGUCCUAUUCAGCAGUCCACCAUUUUGGUUGUGAACCCUGACGACGGGAGCAUACUGAAGGCUUCUGGGAGAAACUUGUUUUUCUUGCCUCAUGGAAUAACCACUGACAUGGACAACAACUACUGGGUGACAGACGUGGCUCUGCAUCAGGUGCUGAAAGUCAGCAGUGAUGGCAGAGACCGGAUCCUGCUGACGCUGGGCGAAGCGUUCACGCCUGGCACUGACCACAACCAUUUCUGCAAACCCACUGAUGUGGCUGUGGACCCACACACGGGCAGCAUCUUCGUUUCAGAUGGGUACUGCAACGCCAGGAUUCUCAAGUACUCUCCUAAGGGAAAGUACCUGUCAGAGUGGGGGGCAGGUUCGACGGACAGACGGAGGAGGGUACCCUUCAGUAUCCCCCACAGUCUGGCCUUCCUUCCUGACCGAAAGGAGGUCUGUGUGGCUGACCGGGAGAACGGUCGGAUCCAGUGCUUCAAUGCCGAAACUGGGGAGUUUGUCAAGGAGAUAAAGAAGGAGGAGUUCGGGGGAGAGGUCUACGCAAUUAGCUACAGUCCAAGUGACGAUGGUGUGAUUUAUGCAGUUAACGGUGAGUCCCUGGACGGUCCGUCGGCUCCCAUCCAGGGUUUCGCUAUCAAUUAUUCUACCAAGGACAUUUUGGAUACUUUCCGCCCUGAGUCCAAGGAAUUCAAAAUGCCUCACGACAUUGUCCAAACGAAGGAUGCCAGCGUGUUUGUUGGUGAUGUGGACAGCAAAUUUGUCUUCAAGUUCACCACUGAAAAAUCACAUCGGUCAGUGAAGAAGGCUGGAAUUGAAGUACUUGAAGUAGCGACAAUCAUCAAAACCAAACUGAUCCCAGGACCCAACGAGUCAAAACCUGUGGCCAUUAAAGAGAAGCAGAUCUUGGUCCAGCAGCCUGAAGCACACACAGAACCGCCUGAACUGAAGAAGGAGAAGAAGCUGGACGAGAGCCAGGGGGCUCUUCCUGUAGUCAUCACCACUCUGCUGCUGGUGCCUCUGGUGCUGGUCAUCGCGUUGGGGGUGUUCAUCUGCUGGAGGAAGAACAACAGGUAUGAGGUCAAGUCUGACCCAACGUCUGUGGGAGGAAUCCUGGGAAAGAUUAGAGGUAAAGCCGUGGGCAGUCUCAACCUCGGAAACUUCUUUGCCACGCACAAAGGUUACACCCGGCAGGGCUUCGACCAGCUGAGCACCGAGGGCAGCGACCAGGAACGGAAUGAAGACGAGAGCAGCGAGUCAGAGAACGAAGAGUACUCGGCUUUACCGCCGCCCCGAACCUCGCCGUAGUUUCAGCGCCUGAUUCUUGCAUUGUAACGAAGUACACCUUUCAUCGUGUGUAACCGUUGUGUUGGCUUAAAUCUUACUGUUUAUAUAUUUAAGUAUAUACUGUACAUAAGAUCAGCUGUUAUUGAAUGGUUGAUUGGACCAUUAUUUGAGUUGCUUUAGUCUUGGUCCUCACACAUUUAGUUUUUUUCAGAAACAAAAGUUUCCAAUCUUACGAAAGAAAAAGUAACUUCAAAACAUUUAGUACCUUUAAGAAAAAGGUACUAAAUGUUUUGAAGUCUUCACUGAAUUCUUGUGGCGCAGCAACCAGCACAAACACUCAGCAGGGAUGUUUUUCUUGUCAGAAUUAUGAUAUUCUGAUUCACAUUCUGUCAAAUCUAUGUGUCCAAACAGAGCAUUUCUUUAGCUUCAAACUCCACAAUACUCAUCUGCUCUCUCACAAACAUGAGAGUGGAAAACUGAGGAACAAUAUCUUUUAUCAGUUUCAUUAAAUAUUGUUGUCACUGGCAGUGACAGUGGUGCCUGCUGAUCUUAUGCCAAAUAUUCCUCAUUUUUUUAAUGGCAAUUAAUUUAAUGGCAUCUUCAACGUGUCUGUACAAGGGAGACAUGUUUACUACAGUGUAAUGACGACUACACUCAUCUGCACAGCAGCUUGCUGUACCCACAGAAAUAACAACUGAACUUCGUUGAAGAUUCAUUGUUGUUGAAUGUAUAUGUGCCAAAUUGAAUUUGCUUUCAACUGACUUCAUAUUAGAACUUUAAUUUAGAAUUUCAGUUUGUGCUGGCUGCUGUGCCAUCUCGAUAACACGUGGAGAAUGCUGCAGUUUAACCGGGUGCCUCACAAUUCUCUUGACCAGUGUAAGAGUUCAGUAGAGUUGCCAUUCAGAGUUUUAGUGAAGCGAAAGUACUGUUUAUAAUUUUGUUGUCGCUCUAGUUAUUAAGCUUCCGUCAUCAUCCACAUGUUUCGGCUUUGACACUCGAAGCGAAUGCGUCAGGUUUAAAGUAGCACAGCACCGACAACAAUCUGACUUCCACCUUGGACUCAGCACAUUUCUCUGCAUUUGUGCCUUUUCUUUAAUAUUCAUUCGCCUUUUUCCAGCACCUGCCAUGACUGAACGCUGCUGCUGCUUAGUGAAGCUUGUACUAUACACAUGUAUUUUCUUACAGUACAUUGAUAUUACACAAGUGUAAUCGGUUUUUUUUUCUUUGGGGGGGGGUCAGUCACGUUUCAAGCACUGUAUUUGUGUUGGUAUAACACACACCAUUUCAAAUGACAUUCCGCUCUUAGAAGGUGUGAAGAUCAUCAUCCAUGGAUUCAUUCAUUCAUUCUAAAUGAAGAAAUCAUAUAUUCGUCCUUCCCUUCAAAGGGUGAAAUAAUGUCUUAAACUAUAAUAAUGUGGCGGCACUUUCAAUCCUGUGGCAGAAUCUGAGUCGAGUGAGCAAGUUCUAGGACUCGGAUUUCGGCCCUGGUGUCUAAUGUAAGAUAAUACACUUUGUAAGAUGUCCAGCAGCAAGAUGAUGCAGCUGCUGUGUCACCCACCUGGGUAAAGAGGAAGAUUAUUAUUUAUUUUCCAGAUUAAUAUUAGUUUCCCCUCUACCCCUCCCUCCCUCAUUCUUUUUGCCAUGGUAGCACCAUACAAAUAUAUCAACAAAGUCGCGCAAGUAGCACAUUGUAGUUGAGUUUUUUUAUUUUGGUGCUUUUGAGUAGUAAAUGAAAAGCAUGAUGCUUCCUUGUGCACUGCUUGAAAUUGAUCAACUGAAAGCAAAUUCAGUUGCUGAUUUGCAGAGAUGAAUGAAAUCUGAGAAUACUGUUGGAAACAGGAAGACUUUGUUAGUGGGUCACGUGGUCAGACGUCGGUGGUAGUGGCGACCCCUGACCCUUUAGGAGUGAAAGGAGGUCUGAAAGUUUGGUCCGAAAUUCUCACCUUCACCAGAUGUGUCUUUUUCGCUCUGUAUUCUUGUUGCCAUUGGACUGAGUGAGUUCUAUAUUUAAUGGCAUGUAUGAUGGCGCGGUCACUCGUGGGCUGUCAAAUAUUUAUUGUGACACACUGGUUUUGCUGCAAAGGUACUAUUUUCAGUAACAAUGUUAUUUGUGUAAUAAA